CACCACAGCGCCUGCUGCUCAUUACUGAGGGUCUGUCACAGUGUGACCCAGGACUGUGGGGGCGGGAUGGAUCUGUUAGAGCAGUUUCUUGCUGGGGAUGAAGAAAAUCUUUGCUCCUGCACUUUGGAGGAACUCAAGAAAAUUGUCCAGCUCUUAGCCGAUCAGGUCCGGUCAAAACGAGAGGAAAUGUGCAAGACCAAAGCCGAGGUGCAGAACCAGGAGGCCGAGACCGCUAAAAGAAGUUUGAGCAGAGAGUUUCUCUUCUCCCAGUUGGCUCAGAUUAUGGAUCUGCAGGAAGCUCUGGAAGAAGAAGAGAAAAUGCAGCAGCAGCUCCAGGCGGUGACACAUGAAAUGGAAAGAUUAAGUGAAGCUCGGAGCUCAGAGUCCUGUGACGCCUUGGAAAUGCGAAUUAAGGAAGCUGAAGAUCUCUUGUCCACUUGCUGUCAGCAGGAAAAGGCGCUUCUGGCUGAAGUAGAAAUUCUGAAGACGUCGCUGGAGAAAUCACAAGCUACACUGGGACAGACGACGUCCGAGCGUCAGGCAGUGGAGAUGGAGCUGCUUGCUCUGCAGAACACUCUCUCUGCCCGGAGUCGCCUGGCACAUGGUGAUGCCGCCCUGGUGCUCGGCGCAUGUAUAGAGGAAAUGGGCUUACGGAAUGUCAUACCAGGAAAGCUGCGCAAAAAAUCAGAUUCACCUCGAUGCUGACCAGAAGGGAAACUUCCGUGAUCAGUGUAAAAACAUGAGGACUGUGAAUCAUAGGCCAAAUCUUCGUGCAGUCCCGAAACUCCCCUGCAGGGGGCGCAUGGUGCCAAAUUAAUUUAUUUCAGUAGCAUGGAGGAAUUGAUGCUAAAGACUGGAGCCAUUUCUAUCUCUUGUCAUGUCUUCUGUCAUCUGGAUGAUCGCCGUGGGACACUGUUUUUGAGUAAUGCGUCAAAUGUCUUGUAAAAUGAUUUAUUGAAGCGCUGUACAAGCUUUCUGUCUUUUGUUAAGGCAUCGCUUUUGUCUUGUGAUCACUGUUACCUGGGAUUCCUUAGCAAUGAUGGAGCUUGAGAUGUACCCUGAGCUUAUACUAAUUUUUUUAUCAUAAAGCAGAGCUGCAGUAUAAAGUAUUGGGGGGGGGCUAUAGGUCCAUCUGUGGUUAAAGAAUGCUGAAGUGCAUGGAGUUGUGGGAAAUCACAUAGGACCUUUCUGUAGUGCCCACCUGAUCUCCGUGUACGUUUGAUCAUUUACCAUUGUUGUAUCUUAGCGUGAUGUCAUGAUUAAAGGGGUCCUCUCACCGUGA